GCUGGAGCGUGCGCCCAUGGCCGGCCCGGCGGGCUGCCGCCGCCGCGUCGCGCCGGGCUGGGGUCCGGCCGGCCGUGCCGUGCGGGCCCGGGCGGCGUGAGGCCGGGCGCGCCGCCAUGGGCGAGUGGGCGGGCCGCGGCCCGCUGGAGUGGCAGGCGUGGACGCACCGCGCCGUGCGCGUGUGGGCCGGCGAGCGCGAGUACCGGGGCUGGCUGCUGGCCACCGACCCCGUGUCCGCCAGUAUCGUCCUGGUCAGCUUCCUCGAGGACGGCAGCAUGUCUGUGACCGGGAUCAUGGGACACGCCAUCCGGACCGUGACCGCGGACACCGAGCAGGAGGGGCAGGACGCAAGAGUGAGGGAGGAGCUGGAACACUUGUUCGUGGCGGCCGCCCCUGAGGCCUGCAGCCCCGAGGUGCUGGAGCAGAGGAAGGACAGCUUGAAGACGUGGCUGGAGAAGAACCACGUCCCCAUCACUGAGCUGGGGGACGCACCCCACGCGCUCUGUGUGGCCGGGGUGCUGACCAUUGAGCCGCCCUACGGCCCAGACAACUGCAGCAGCUCCAAUGAGAUCAUCCUGUCCCGAGUGCAGGACCUGAUUCAUCGGCACCUCGCAGCUUCCUAGCGGGGACCGCCAGGAGCUGUGAUGGCGAGUCCGGCCCGUCUCCCUGGGACUGACGGCACCUGAGUGUGUGGAUUAAGUCUUUGUUGUUUGGGUUCCACAUGGAAUAAAUUAGCACAGGCACGUCAUGA